AUGGAUAUCUCAGGAAUUAUAUUCCUUUGUGUUGGUCUCGUUUUUUAUUACUACGCUUCAACGAAUUUAUGCUACGAUGAUAGUCUUGUAGAUGGUUAUAGUCUUACAGCUUUCGGAUCUAAAACAGCCUAUAGGAAUAACGGUCUGCGAUCAAAAUAUGCUUCCCUUCUCAAUGUCAAACGCCUUGUUCACAUCAAUUCCCUUCAUCGUCAUGGUACCCGUUCGCCUGAUGUAAAAUUUUCGAAGAAGGUUGAAAAAUACCGAAGUAUGCUUCAGCCUCUUCUAUCUGGGUGGAACUUAACGACGAGAUCUUGUGGAGCAGGCGAAAAACUUUUACUUUUAACAGGCUACAAUGAACUUAAGGGCAUGGGGCGUCGUAUGCGCAAACUCUUACCUGAGGAAUUUUCUCGAGCGUCAAACAUGCGUGCAGUAUCUAGUGAUACUCAACGUACUCUUGCCAGUGCUGAAUCUUUCCUCACCACUUACACCGAUGACAAGGUCGAUAUCUACAUUGAUCAGGAACGAGUUCGCUUUUUCGCUUACUGCAAUGAUUACCAUGAGAAAAUACGCUCAAGCAACAUAUCAAAAAUGGAGUACAAAAAGUUUAAAGAUGGACCUGAGAUGCAUGCUGUUCUUAAAGAAGUUGUUAUGGAUCAUAAACUUGAGUCGCUCAAUCUGACAGUAGAUGAUAUAGCAAAUCUCUACAAGAUUGCAUCUUACGAAGUAUCUGUGAUGGACGAGAAUGGAACCCUUCCCGACUGGGUUAGACUCUUUCGUCCCAAUCAUCUUUAUGUCCUUGAGUUUCUCCACGAUCUCAAGCAGUAUUGGACUAAGGGCAAUGCUUUCCCAGUCAACUAUGAACAAGUCUGUCCACUUUGGGGGAAGAUGUUGGCUGAUAUGCGAGAAGCCGCCACUUACGACAUGCAGUUAAUUGAAGCCCAAAAAAGUGGAAGUAACCAGAGUAUUGAGCUAACUGCACCACCUAAAAGUGUCUUCUGGUUUGGCCAUGCUGAAACCCUCCUUCCUAUGGUUGCCAAGCUUGGAAUGUUCAACGAGUCAGUCGCUUCAGAACACGGUGGUGGGUCACAUCUUUCAGCCGAUGGCUUCCCAUCUCGUCUUCAAAGGCUCUCUCUUGACGAUCCCCCAGUACCGAAUCUCUUUCGAUCCUCUCACAUCAUUCCAUUUGGAGCGAAUCUUGGCUUCUUCCUUUUCCAUAGUCCUAUUAAGGAUGUCCGUCUAAAUGAAAAGGUUGUGGAGAUGAUUCCUCAAGACAAAAAUGCCACGAGACCUCUUCGUUUGGGAUACGUAUUGAAUCACUUCCAAGACUGUCUUCCAGGGUCUUAUGACAUCCAAGCAGUAUGUGGGAUCAAGGCAAAAGGGGAUCAAGUCGUCUCAGAGUAA